GAGAAAAUGGAUGAGAGUGCGACAAAUAUGUUUCGACUCGGCGGUGGUGAAGUAGAUCGGAGAUGAGCCCCGAUUCAUUGCUCGGGAUGAGUUCAACUACCGAUAGGGAUUCGAUCAACGCAAGCUUACUUGGGAAAAAGACAUCUCAACAUUGGAUCCACGACUUUGUGUACAUCUUGAUUCAUUGAACUGUCGAAGAGGACGACAGUAAUCAAAGUUCUCCCAGCUAUGUGCCAAAAUUGGCACCAAAAGAUCGGUUGUCAAGCUCUGUUUCCACAGUAAGAAGACGAGGAAGACGAAGAACGGAGACCGUCCAAGAACGCGAAAGAGUCCUUUGACAGUUCGAUGGUGUUUGAUUCAGUUAGUUGGGGAACAUUGAUUCAACAAUAACUGUUGGUUCAAUGAUUCUUAUUAUUCGAAAAAGUUUCCUUGCUCAUUUUUUUUUAUCUUAUAAAGAGGAUUUCAUACUUGCAAUGCACUCAUACUGAGGAUAGAAGAGGAGAGGAGGAGAGAGAUGACGCUGAAGGUGUACGGUCAUCGGCUGUCGCAGCCGUCGCGGGCGAUUAUAAUCUUCUGCAAGGUCAACGGUAUUGACUUCGAGGAGGUGACGAUUGAUUUCACGACGGGCAAGCAUCGUUUGCCCGAUUUCAAAGAGAUAAACCCAAUGGCAGAAGUUCCAGCAAUUGUUCAUGGAGAUUUAAAGCUCUUUGAGAGUCAUGCCAUUUUGUGCUAUCUUGCUAGUGCAUUUCCAGGAGUUCCGGACCACUGUGAACUACUGUAUCAACAGUGCACUGGGACCUGUACGCAGUCUUCCAUUAAAUCCACAAGCAGCAAUUGAAGAUGAGAAAAUUUUAAGUGCGUCCCUUUCAAAGUUAGAGUCUGUAUGGCUUAAAGGAGAAGCAAAAUUUUUACUGGGAAACUUCCAGCCAUCUGUUGCAGAUCUGAGUCUUGCCUGUGAGAUUAUGCAACUUGAGGUUGUGGAUGAGAAAGAUCGCGAGAGAAUAUUGGGGCCUCACCCGAAGAUAUUGGAAUGGAUCGACAAUGUAAAGUCUGCUACCAGUCCUCAUUUUGAGGAAGUCCAUGAGCAUCUGCAGGAAGUCAAGGCAAGAAUAGCAUUAUUGAAGUCAGCCUGAAAUCCAACCCGAAACCUUUAAUCCGAUCGAACAGGUGAUCUGAUGCAGCAGUUUAUAUGUAGUAGCUUGCAGUGAUUGUAAUAUAGCACUGAAAUAAUGUGCCCUGUGUGCGUGUUUAUUUUGGGUCUUUGUGGUGUAUUAAGAACAGUUCUUGAAGUUUUCCUAUGUGUCAAACCUUCUAAAUUAAUGAUUAAAACAACUGUUGUAUUUGCA